GGCCGGGAUGGCGCGGACCAAGGCGGACCAGCGCGGGCGCGCCUUCCGCAAGGUGUUGGUCGGCCGCGCUCCCCGCAAGGCGCUGGGCUCCGGCAGCGGCUCCGGCAGCGCCAGCGCGGGGCCAUCGCUGCCCGGCCGGAGAGGAGACCGGCGCCCCGUGGGGCUGAACCGGGUCUGUGUCCGGCCGGUGCCCGCCUGGCAAAGGGGCAUCAGCGACUUCCUGAAGCUCCAGUCCAAGGAGAGCCGAGCCCCCGACGGAGACACGCCUGGGACCAGCGGCCUGGAAACUCGGCCCCUGCCACUGGAUCCUGCCGAAGAGGGAGAGUGCUCGGAGGAAGAGUAGAUGUGAUCUGACCUCAAUUUUCAUGUUAAAAUGCUCCUGUUGAGCUGGGUUUUAUACAUUUGCAUAGUUCUUUACAGUUUUUUAUGGCUUCCUUUCAACUUUUGUACAAGACUAAACGUCUGAGAGAUGGCACAAACACUGGAAUAAUUAAGUAAUUUUUACUGUUUGGAAUGUAACGUUUACUUUUGAAGCUUAAUGUUUAUUUUAAACCACUGUAAACCACAAAUUUUUACCUUUGUUUGCUUGAGUUCCUCCUGCAUGUUGGGCAGCUUUUGUCUUUCAUCUUCUGCCUGCCUUGUGUUUGUGCAAGACUUGCAUGAUCCUGGUUGUUCCGUUACUGAAAAGCAGAUCCUCCUUUUUUAAAUAAACUGAAGCGUUCUGAGCACA